AUGACGCACGUAGCAGUAUCUGAAGAGAGGAUCUUCCACCACCCAACUCAUCGACACAUAGAUUUGCCCCCUCUAGAUCUGUUGACAAUUUUGUUUGAUUCCGAACAUUGCGCAGCACAAGAAGAUACAGUCCUCCACAUCGAAGCAUCUAACCCGUCCAACAAACUCACCAAAGCCGCCCUUCGAGAUCUUUUCCAACAAAUAGGUCACGGCCUGAGAAGUCAGUAUGGCAUUGGUGCGGACGGCCCUAAUCAGCACACGGUUACUGUCAUCACCUACGGCCAAAUCCUCGUCCCUGCCUUGCUCUUCGGAAUCAUCUGCGCUGGAGGCGUCUACUCGGCUGCAAGCCCUUCCUCCACCGUAAGCGAGCUUGCACGGCAAGUCAAGAUCGCCAAGUCGAAGGUCAUAGUAUGCGGUAAGGAGCACGUGGAUGUGGCGAGGAGGGCUGCAGUAGAGUGUGGACUGCCUUUGGAGAAUGUACUUUUGCUGGAUUCGACUGAAGGAAGCUGGAAGUUGGAGAGUGUAGAGGGGAGAGUUAAUGCUAUCUCGCGGGAGAAGCUUCCUUGGAAGAGGUUGACUCACCCGCUCGAGCUGAAACGAAGUUUGAUCGUCAUCCUCUGGAGUUCCGGCACGACCGGGCUGCCCAAGGGAGUCAUGCUAAGUCACACGAAUCUGGUCGCGGAGUCUUACCUGGUUGCCCUCCCGGGUCGAGAGUACGUCGCCAGAGAGAUGGAGAAAGGAACCUACGAACCCAAAGAAUACACCACCCUGGCCCAUCUCCCCAUCAGCCACAUCGCCGGCCUGUUCGGCUACCUCAUCGGACCCAUCUACUCCGCAGGAACAGUCUACUGGAUGCGGAAGUACGAAUGGAAAGAACUGCUAAAUAACUUACAAAAGUUCAAGAUCACGAUGUUCUACACCGUGCCCAGUAUCUGGUUGCGAAUCUCCAAGGCCGAGGAGGUGAGAACCGGCGGGGAGCAUUUCAAAUUCCUCGAAGGAGCGAGCACGGGCGCGGCGCCUAUGGAUUCCAAGUUGCAGCAUGCGGCGAAUGCGAGGCUGGGGGAUGGGAAGAGCGUUUUUGUUGGGCAAACUUGGGGGUUAUCUGAGACAACGGGUGCCGUUACGGCUCCAUUGAAGGAGGCGCCGGAUAACACCGGGUCGAUAGGCUGGAUCUUGCCGAGCGUGGAAUUGAGAAUCGUGGAUGAGCAGUAUAAAGACGUGAAGCCUGGUGAGGAAGGAGAGUUACUCGUGAGAAGUUCCUUGGUCACGAAUGGGUAUUAUGAGAAUGAGGAGGCGACGAAGGGGACGUUUGUGGGUGGGUGGUUUUGCACGGGGGAUAUCGGGGUGUUGAGGGAAGAUAAGUUUUAUGUUGUUGACCGGAAGAAGGAACUACUUAAAUACAAAGGCCUCCAAGUCGCCCCGGCGGAACUCGAAAACGUCCUCUUCACCCACCCGCAGAUCCGCGAAGCCGCCGUUGUAGGCAUCCCGGCGCCCGACGAUCCCGGCACCGAUUUGCCUCGAGCGUACGUCGUGCCUGUCGACAGAAGUAAGAUCUCCGAGGACGAAGUCAAGGAGUAUGUGAAGGCGAGGUUAGCACCUUACAAGCAGUUGAGAGGAGGGGUCGCGUUUAUCGAAGAGAUCCCGAAGAAUGCUAUUGGGAAGUUUCUGAGGAGGGAGUUGAGAGAGAGGGCGAAGAAGGAGGUGAGGGCGGCGAAGCUGUAG